AUGUCAGACCCAUCAUUUCAAAAGUCUGUUGGCGAGACCAAGAAUGGUCAGGACAAAAGCACCGAUGAGACAAUCAUAGGAGAGGUUUACGAUGUGGUCGACCAUGGCGCGGAUUCUGGGCUCAAACGCCAGCUAGGAUCCCGACAUAUCAGCAUGAUCGGUCUUGCCUCGUCCAUUGGCAUGGGCCUUUGGCUGGGAUCUGGAACUUCGUUGAAGAAUGCUGGUCCGGCUGGCAUUUUCUUGGGGUAUUUGCUGUCCGGAACCAUCAUUUGGAGUGUCAGUCACAGUAUCGGAGAAAUGGCCAUCAUGUAUCCUCUUCCUAGUGCUUUCGUACAAUGGACCAAUACAUUCGUCGACGAAUCCGCCGGCUUCGCACUGGGAUGGGCAUACUGGUUUUCUUACUGGAUCACCAUCGCGAACGAGGUACAAGGAGCCAUCACUGUUCUCGGGUUCUGGACAAGUGCCGUUCCCACCGCUGCUUUGAUCACUAUCUUCUGGCUCGUCAUCGUCUUGAUGAACGUUGGAGCGGUCAAAUGGUUUGCAGAGAUUGAAGUCGUGGCUGCCGCCAUCAAGUUUGGUUUUAUCUUUGUUGUGAUCAUCUCCGGAAUCGUUCUGUCCGCUGGUGGUGGCCCCUUGGGGGGUUAUCCAGCGAGACCACACGGCACCAUUGGCUUCCAAUUUUGGAACGAGAUGGCUUUCAUCAAUGGAUUCAAGGGAUUCAUCUCGGUCAUGCCUACAUGUAUCUUCGCUCUGUCUGGAUCCGAAAAUGCCGGACUUGUCGCGGCAGAAACCAGCAAUCCCCGGCGGUCUGUUCCCAAGGCCGUCAAGUCAAUGUGGAUUCGAUUGAGCUUGUUCUACAUCCUAGGAAGUUUGAUCGUUACUAUUAACGUCAGUCCGAAGGAUGAAAAUCUCUUCGGUGGCUCUGGUACAAAUGCCAGUCCCUUCGUUAUCAUGUACAGGAACGCUGGCGUGGCUCCGCUGGCUCACAUUAUGAACGCUGUCAUUCUGGUAUCCGUUCUGUCCACCGGUGGAAUUUCUGGAUACGCCGGAUCUAGGGUACUAGUUGGUCUUGCACAGCUGCGAAUGGGCCCCAAGAUUUUGCAAAAGACAGAUAGUUGGGGUCGUCCCUGGUGGGGUCUUGCACCUACCUUGAUCAUUGGAGGAGGUCUUGCCUACUUGAAUGUCAGCAACAGCGGUGCUAACGUGUUCGGUUGGUUCUCCAACCUAACCUCCCUCUUCACUCUUUUCGGAUGGGGCAUGAUCUGCCUGUCUCAUAUCCGUAUGCGAGCUGCAUGGAAGGCCCAAGGCCGCUCCGUAGAGGACCUGCCAUGGAAGUCAUGGGCUUUCCCUUGGGCUGCAUAUUGGGGACUAUUCUGGUGUGUGGCUCUGAUCAUCAUCGAGUUCUACCUGGCUGUGUCUCCUUUAGGCGACUCACCUAGUGCCAAGAACUUCUUCGCCAAUUACCUCUCUGUGGUAGCCAUUGUGAUUCUCUAUAUUGGUGCAAAGAUCUACUACCGCGGGAGAAGAUGGAAGGCCCUGAAAGAUAUCAACCUUGAUUCUACAAGGAGAUUUUAUGCUCCUCGAGAUGAGGAGGGAUCUGAGAAGAAGAGCUUCGUUAAGAAGUUGUUCAAACUUCCAACCAAGAACUGA